AGGGUUAUAUCUGCCCCAGGCAUAUAGACUUCCCCCAGCAGAAUGGGUGGAUGAAAACAAUUUGUUCUAGUGGUCUUGAAGGUGAUUGAAGCAGGUGCUGUGGAGCACUUAGAGCUUGGUCAGACAUCAAAGGUACCAAAGUCAUCCACUGUACCUGGGACAUUGUUAGUGAUCUUGAUUUUUGUCCUGCCACUGGACUUUGAGGCUUCAUUGAUGUUAACUUGUGACCUUUCCUUAUCACUACCCAAAGGAACUGGGAGUUGAGCCAGUGGGAGUAAAUAAGUAAAAGAUGAUGCAAAGGAAAAGUAUUCCAAGAAUCUUUUCCAUAGGCUUGAUACUGCUCUGCAUAUUCCACAUCCUCUUUGUAUUUUAUACAAAGAGAAUUAUCCAGAAGUUGAAUUCAGAAAGAGUCCAACAGGGGAAGAAUCCCUUUCGUCUUUCCACCAGGGAUGCUGCUGCAAGGAAACAUUUGUCUUUCCUAGAUCUCAACUCCACAAGACAUAUCCUGAAGGCAAAUGAUGUGAAGCAUCCAGAAGCCAUUGACAAGCCACCAAUAAGGUUGGAGGAUGAAGGGAAGCAGAUCUCAGAAGCACUAGAUGCUAAGACCAAGAAGAGGAUACCACUUUUCCUGGAGUGGAGGCAAGGCCUGACCAAGGCUCAGAGAAAACAAGCCUGGUUCCUCUUUCUCAAGUUUGGUUACAAUGCUUACCUCAGCAAUGAGCUUCCCUUGAAUCGAUCCAUCCCUGACACUCGAAGUUCAAGGUGUCUCAAGAAGAAAUAUCCCAACCAGCUCCCAACUCUUGGUGUUAUUCUCAUCUUUAUGGAUGAAGCCAUGUCAGUUAUACAACGUGCUAUCACCAGCAUCAUUGAUAGAACCCCUUCUCACCUGCUGAAAGAACUCAUUCUGGUGGAUGAUUUUAGUUCACAUAGUGAUUUAAAGGGCAAAUUAGACAAGCAGAUGGAGCUUUAUGCUCUCAAGUACCCUGGAUUGCUGAAAUUGAUACGUCACACCAAGAGAAAAGGGAUUGCUGGGGCUCGAAACUCAGGCUGGCAAGCUGCCACAUCAGAUGUAGUUGUCAUCUUGGAUGCUCACAUUGAAGUGAAUAUUGGGUGGGCAGAACCCAUCUUGGCUCGGAUCCAGGAGGACCACACUGUGAUUGUAACACCCAUGUUUGACAACAUUCAUUUCAAUAGCUUCAAGGUUAUUCCACAUUCACUGGCUGCCUAUGGCUUUAACUGGCUUCUGUGGUGUCGUUAUGAUCCUUUGCCAAAAGAUUGGCUUGCUCUGAAUGAUGAUACUGCACCAGUGAAGAGUCCUUCCAUUUUUGGCAUCUUUGGGGCAAACAGGUUGUUUUUGGAAGAGAUUGGACUACUAGAUGGAGGAAUGCAGAUCUAUGGAGGAGAAAAUGUGGAACUCAGCCUGAGGGUGUGGCAGUGUGGGGGCAAGAUUGAGGUCUUACCCUGUUCCCGAGUUGCUCACUUAGAGCGAGCCCACAAGCCCUAUGCUCUGAAGCUGGGAUCGGCCAUAAAACACAAUGCUCUUCGGGUGGCUGAAGUGUGGAUGGAUGAGUACAAAUCCAUGGUCUACUUUUUUUGGAAUCUGCCUCUAAAGAACCCAGAAAUCGAAUAUGAAGAUAUUUCUCCUAGGAAGGAACUCCGAAAGAAACUGAAAUGCAAAAGUUUUGACUGGUAUCUCAAAAAUGUGUAUCCCUCUCUAAAGCCAAUUCAAAGCAUUGUUGGCUAUGGAAAAAUGAAGAACUCUGCAAAUGAAGACUUCUGCAUUGAUGAGGGACCAUUUUCAUCAAAUACUCCAGUCAUGAAAAAUUGUAAAGAGUACAGAUCACAGCUCAUUUUCUAUUGUAGGACAGGAGAAUUCUAUGUGGGGCGCCUUUAUGCUGAGUGGUAUUGGCAAGAUCGCUGCCUCAUAGACCCAGGUCAAGGGCAUUGGCCAAUAUUAAAGACAUGCACUGAGGCAAUUAAUAAAGAGCUAUUUAUGUACUGGGAUUUUAAACAGGGGGCAGCUGUCAUCAAUCGGACCACCAAGAGGUGCCUGGAGAUCAAGAACCAGUCAAGUUUUUAUAUCCUUGUCCUCCGGGAGUGCACUGGCCAAAUAUGGACUAUCCAACAUACUGUCAGAGAAGGGAUGAUUUCAGGAGCUGUCAGUAGGGAAAACUUGAGAGCCUGGAAUUUUCUGACCUACUCCACUGGAAAAAGCAAAAUAUCUUACCAAGAACUUCACUGACUCAUUGAUGAAUGCAGGAAAGUUUUUAUUUUAUAUUCUUGCAAAAAUGGGUGUCCCCUAAUUCUGUAGAAUGGGAACAUAUCUACAGAGACCAGGUCAAGCUUUUUUAUAGGAUUUAGUUUGUUAGCUCUCUUUCUAACUUCAAGAUCCUGCAGGAUUCUUUCCAGGUUACACUCCUUUUUCCUUAUAAGGUGGAGAAAAGACAGAAGAAAUGUGACACUUUGAUGAAAGAAAGAUAAAUGACAAUCAUUGUGCUUGUAAAAUGGAAAAAGAAAAAUGAAACAGAAGAAAGAUUCCAAGUAUUUGUUGUUUAUGUAAAAUAUUCUUAAACUUUAACGAAUUACAUAAGUUAAAAUAAGAAGUUCUAAUAGGAUUUAAUUUGCUUCAAAUGAAUCUUUAAAAGCAAGAUUGGCAACCAUGAAUACAAGAGAAUGCAAUAAUAAAAAUAAAUAUGGUUAAGAGAAACAAUUAGGGACACCAUUUUAUUCUUAAAGGUACCACAGAUUAAUGAAAUAAAUAAAAAAUGAAAAAAAUAAAUAUAUGCCUAAUUGCAUGGAAGCUAAGUACUUAAAAACUAAACAAAGAUAAGAAGAUAUAGACAGUAAAAUAUUGUUGGAGACUUUCAGACUUAAAUGAAUCAUAAUAGAAAAAAAUAGUUUAAGGAUUUGAAGAGAAUAUUUCUUAAAAUAUCCAUGAUAGACUUUUGUGGAAGGUGGAAUGGGAAUUAUAGAGAUUUUUUUUUUUAGCAUUGAUUUUAUAAAAAAAAUUUAUAAAUUAUAUAAAUAUAUUUUGUUGAAAUUAUAAUAAUAUGAUACAUGUUAUUUGGGAGGUAGUUUGGCAAUGAGAGACAAAUGAAAAGUCAAUCUAGACAGAGAACACUGAUUUAAUUUGUCAUGUUCAGCUGCUAUGCAGGUACAUGAGAAUUGUAAAGGACCAUGGAGAACUGUUUUCUUAGCGCACAGUCUAAUUUAGUUCUUCUAACACUCACUGUCCAAUUCAGCUCAAAUCCUUAAGUGUCUGCAGAUAUCAAAAUGGAAAAAAUCUCUGCUUGUAAGGAAGGAAGGAAACAAGCUUUUAUUAAAGAUUAGUGGAUUUUUAAUAGGCCAGGCACCACAACAAGCACUUUACAAACUUUAUCUCAUCCAAUUCUCACAAUAACUCUGGGAGAGAGAUGCUAUUAUUAUCCCCAUUUUAUAGUUGAGAAAACAGAGGUAGGUAGAGGUAAAGUGAUUUGUCCAUGGCCACAGAGCUAGUAAGUGUUUGAAGUGGAUUUGAACUUAGCAUUUCCAGACACCAGGCCUUGGACCACUUACCACCUCCUUGGUGCUUUCAAGGAUUACAUUUCAAUGUAGAGCUGGGACAAGCCUGACUAAAAUUAGAACUGCUCUGAAGGAGCCAUGAACUAAUCUCAAGUGAGUUCCCAAAAAGCAAUCCUUGUGCCUGUUAAAUGGAAUAUCUGGAACUACAUUUUUUGGUACUCUCGUCUGCCUUUCCCUAUCUAUCCCUUAAGGAGCCUAGUGCCCUGCCUUCAAACAUUCAUUCUCUCAGUAAACCAGUUAUUUAGAUCAUCAGGAUUUUCCUACUGCUUCUUGAGGUCCUGCUUUUAGCUAUUCCUGGAGCCCUCAGGUUCCUUUGGAAGGCCUUCUAGGGUCACACCACAUUCCCCACCAGGACACAUGGGCAGUAGUCAUUGGACUCCUGCUCCUUCAGCUCUAAUUCACUCUUUGCAGAAAGAUGUUUGAGAGAUCAGUCAGAGGCCCCACUAUUACAUGGGAGUGGGGGGGACACAUGAGAAGAGAAAGCCAGCCUAUAUAAUGCUACAUGGGGACAUGCUGUGAGUGCUUCAGAAGCUUCACGUAGUCUUUGCUCCAAGCUUUAAGACCCUUCUGAGCAGUUCUUCUAAUUCAAGGAAUAGCAUACAAGCCCAGAUUUCUGGAGAAGUGGGAGCAAGAGGGCAGAAGAUCUUACUUCCCCUUCCUAGUAUUGGUUCUAGUAUUGGGGAAGCUGAAAAGACCCCAAGAUAGGGUAAAGCCCUUGCCUUCUCCUGCUCAGGGCAGCGCACUGGAAGAGUCCCAGAGUCUGUGGGCUAUGACAUCCCACCCCAUGGCUAAGCUUAUCAUUCUAUAAAGCCCUUCUCUGAAAGGGCUUAGCACAGUGCUUGGCACAUAGUAGUAGAUGCUUAACAAAUGCUGUUCUCCAUCUUGCUUAUUGAACGAUUAAGCACCAUCUGUGGAGGAGGGACCUUGUAAAUGAUAUUCAUUCACUUUGUCCAGGAUAUGGGUUAAGUGGAAGGUAUGAAAGAGAGGGAUUUUAAAAUGUGUCUAAUGAAAAAUAAAUUUGAAGUAUGUACAAAUGGAAAAUAAUUAAAAUAUAUAUAUUAUUCCAAUUACAUGUAAAAACAAUUUUUAACAUUUGUUUUUAAAAUUUUGAAUUCUAAAUUCUCUCACUCCUUGAGAAAGUAAUUUUAUAUAGAUAUACAUAUGUAAUCAUGCAAAAUAUUUCCAUAUUAGUUACAUUGUAAAAGAAAACAUAGACCAAACAACCAAAAAAAAAACAAGAAAAAUGAAGGCAGUACAAAAGUAUGCUUUGAUCUGCAUUACUACUCCAUCAGUAUUUUCUCUAUAGGUGGAAAAUAUUUUACAACUUAUAUCCUUUGGCAUUGUCUUACAUUAUUAUUUUGCUGAGAAUAGUUAAGUCUUUCAUAUUUGAUCAUCAUAUAAUACUGCUAUUGUUGUAUACGAUGUUUUUCUGCUUCUGCCCUCUUCAUUUUGUAUCAAUUCAUGAGUCUUUCCAGAUUUUUCUGAAAGCAUUCUUUUCGUCAUUUCCUAUUGCACAAUAGCAUUCUAUCACAAUCACAUAUUACAACUUUUCUAGUCAUUCCCCAGUUGAUGGGCAUAAGCUAAAUUGCAAUUCUUUGUUACAAAAAGAGCUACUAUAAAUAUUUUUGUACAUAUAGGACCUUUUUCUUUUUUUAAAUCUCUUUGGGAUACAGACUUAGUACAAUUUUAUAAUACCUUGAAUAGUUGCUCUCUAGAAUAGUUGGAUCAAUUGACAAUUUUAACAACAGUGUAUUCAUGUCCCAUUUCCCCCAAAUCCCCUCCAACAUUUGUCAUUUUCAUUUUUUGUCAUAUUAGACAAUCUAAUAGGUAUGAGGUACUUCAGAGUUGUUUCAAUUUGCAUUUUACUCAGAGAGUAAUUUUAAGAGGUACAGAGUAUUGACAAUCCAGGUGAUCUGCUCUGUAGAAAGUGACACUGAACUGUUCUGAGUUCUGUUCUGAAUUCUGAGAGAUUAUAAUGAAGAAUGAGUUUAUUCUAGUCAUAGUCUAGUCACAAGUAUGAGAAGUUGAACGUUUUAUAAAAAGAAAUGGAUAGUUUAGCUGUAACAGAGUAUAGGAAAUAUAAGAAAAAGUCUUAUUGGAGGAUCUUAAAUAUUACACUUAGGAUUUUAUAUUUCAUCCUAGAGUCGAGAUCAAAUCACUGAAGUUGACACAGGUGUGAAACUGGGUUUCAGGAAUAUUAUCUUGGCUGCUGUGUAGAUAAUGAAUUGUAGAAGGGAGAAAAUAGAGGCAAUAAGACAUGCAGGUGAUGUCAUAGAGAAGGCUUAAGAGUCAAGGGCUACUCUAAGAUUUUAAACUUAGGUGACUAGAAGGAUAGCAGUAUUCUCAAUAGAAUUAGGGGAGUCUAGAGCAGGGUGGGUUUGGGAGGAAACUAUAAUGUGUACUAUUUUGAACAGGUUGAAUUUGAGAUGUCCAAGAGACAUCCGAGUAGAAAUGCUCAACAAGUGGAUGACUGGGAGAGUGGAAUUGGAUUGAAGUAAUGGAGGAUAGAUCCUAAACGACCUAUUCAGUAAUGAAAUAGGAGAUAGGCUAGAUGUCUUUUAAAAAUUUUCUUUAAGCAAUAUAAAUUUGGAGAUAUACAUAUAUCUCUAUGUAUAUCUCUAAUUUAAUUCUUCUAACACUCACUGUCCAAUUCAGCUCAAAUCCUUAAGUGUAACUGAUUUGGAGAUAGAUCUUAUGAGGCAUUGUAUAUCAGACUGAGAAGCCUAAUAGGCUUGCUCUGUAAGCCCUGAAAAACAGGACUUGGAGGAAGAGAUAGUUGGCCAUCUCUCUGGAUUCCUAUUCCUACUAUUCUUAUAUAGUCAUGGUACUGGUUAGAUAAAUAAUGGACUAUAUGCCUUUUAAAAAUUUCCUUAGUAUAACAAUAGCCAUUAUUGUUAAUAAUGAUAAUACAGUCAUCCUUUAAAGGUAUCCCCCUCAACUCCCAAUCUUCAAUAUCAUUUUCAAAGCUUUAUUAAUUCUAUAAUGGGCUAUCCCCUAUCACCCACCAGACUCCUGCUACUGAAGGAACUCAUCUUAAUAGAGGACUUUAAAAACUUUUAGGCAUAUACAAUUUUUAGGAACUUGGAAAGGGCAGAGAGAAGAGGGCCACAGACAUAAUAAAGGGGUUAGAUAAUAUGAUUCAUGAGGAAAUAAUAAAGUAAGUCAGAUCAUUUGAUUUGAGACAGAGAUGGCUGAGAUAGCAUUUUUAUCAGAUUUGCAGAUGGCAUAUAGCUGGGAAGGAUAGAUAACACUCUGGAUGAUAGAAUAUAUCUUGACAGGUUAGAAAGGUGCCCAGUGUUUAUACCCCAAAGAGAUACUAAAGAAGGGAAAGGGACCUGUAUGUGCCAAAAUGUUUGUGGCAGCCCUGUUUGUAAUGGCUAGAAGCUGGAAAAUGAAUGGAUGCCCAUCAAUUGGAGAAUGGUUGAGUAAAUUGUGGUAUAUGAAUGUUAUGGAAUAUUAUUGUUCUGUAAGAAAUGACCAGCAGGAUGAAUACAGAGAGGACUGGCGAGACUUACAUGAACUGAUGCUAAGUGAAAUGAGCAGAACCAGGAGAUCAUUAUAUACCUCAACAACGAUACUGUUUGAGGAUGUAUUCUGAUGGAAGUGGAUCUCUUCGAUAAAGAGAGCUAAUUCAGUUUCAAUUGAUCAAGGAUGGACAGAAGCAGCUACACUCAAAGAAAGAACACUGGAAAAUGAAUAUAAACUGCUUGCAUUUCUGUUUUUCUUCUCGGGUUAUUUAUACCUUCUGAAUUCAAUUCUCCCUGUGCAACAAGAGAACUGUUUGGUUCUGCACACAUAUAUUGUAUCUAGGAUAUACUAUAACCUAUUUAACAUGUAAAGGACUGCUUGCCAUCUAGGGGAGAGGGUGGAGGGAGAGAGGGGAAAAAUCGGAACAGAAGUGAGUGCAAGGGAUAAUUGUGUAAAAAAUUAUCCUGGCAUGGAUUCUGUCAAUAAAAAGUUAUUAUAAAAAAAAAAAAAGAAUAAUGGUGCCUGAUGUGAAACAUAUAGAGGAAAAUGUGAAGAACUGUACUUGGAUUCCAAGGAUCAUUCGUUUGUACAGCACAAGGAAGAUGAGAAUUAGCCAAUCAACAAAUAUUUUCUAAGCAUCUACUACUAUGUGUUGAACACUUUGCUAAGUUCUGGAGUUACUAGAAUAAAAACUGAAACCAUCAACAAUGCUAGAUAUUAUCAGAAAUCAAUUUACAUGACAAAAAAGGAACUUAGGAAUU